AUGUCGUCGAUUUAUCUCGUUCAAAUAUCAAUUUUAAUUAUUUUUACUUUACAAGUGUUUCAUUUGACAGCAUCAACAACACGAUUAGAGACACAUUCAUACGAUGAGCCUUUACCAUCAAAUCAAGAAAGUGUAGUAACCGAUCUUGAUAAUACAUUAAAACAUCAUCAGAUACUAGAUUCGAUCAACCAAUCCUCAUUCAACGAAAAAGAAAUUGAGAAUGAUGAUGAUGAUAAUGAGUCUGCCGUUGAACUUCUAAUAACGGAUGGACAACACCAAUUAAAUCCAUCAGAACUGUCAUCCCAUCAUCAUCAAAAAUCCCCGAAACGAUCAAUGAUAUUUGGUAAAAGAGUUCGUGGUGAUGUUUCCCAUGGUAGCGAUAAUUCAAAUCGUUUAUGGGCAAUACCGUAUCGAUUUGGAAAACGAUCAACUAUGCCAUAUCGAUUUGGUAGACGUGCCGCCAUGCAUUUUCGAUUGGGAAAAAAAAGUGUUAAUUAA